CAAAACUCGUCCACCAAUUUGGCGGGUGGAAAGCUAGUGAAUUUUUGAAGAGUUGUCUGUCGAAGCUGAAUAAAGAUCACGUGAUGAUAUAUAUUAGGCUAUCAUUGCCUCUAUGCCACCAACUUCUGCACAUGUUUAAAACAAAGUAGGUGGAUUUAUCCACAGUUCCACACACAGAAAAAAGUAGGUGGUGUUUUCAUGAGUGUUCUUCUUGUCUAUAAACACUCCUCCCGUACAUCAGAACCCUAAGAGCGAAAACCAAACCCAUUUUGAGAAGGCAAAACAGAAUGAAUGGCAACUCUUCCACCGCCGGGAAACCAAUUCGUUGCAAAGCUGCAAUCUGCCGGAAAGCAGGCGAUCGCCUUGUAAUAGAGGAGGUAAUAGUUGCUCCCCCAAGCCGUCAUGAACUUCGUAUCAAAAUCAUAUGCACUGCACUCUGCCAAAGCGACGUCAUUUUCUCGAAACUCGUGGAUCCUCCCGCCAUCUACCCCAGAAUCCUUGGCCAUGAAGCGAUUGGGGUGGUGGAGAGCGUCGGCGAGGACGUGACCGGAGUCAAGCCAGGGGACACGGUGAUCCCGACGUUCAUGUCGGACUGCGGUGACUGCGCCGACUGCCACUCCGAGAAGAGCAACCUCUGCUCCACGCUGCCGUUCAACAUCACGCCGUACAUGCCCAGAGAGGACAAAACGAGGUUCACGGACCUAAACGGCAACCCGCUGUACCACUUGUUCUACAUCUCCAGCUUCUCCGAGUACACCGUCGUCGACAAAAACUACUUCGUCAAGAUCGACCCUUCUUUCCCUCCCGACCGCGCCUGCCUCCUCAGCUGCGGCGUCGCCACCGGUGUGGGUGCGGCGUGGAGAACGGCUGAGGUGGAGCCGGGGACCACUGUGGCAGUGUUUGGGCUGGGCACCAUUGGUUUAGCGGCUGCAGAAGGAGCAAGGUUGUGUGGUGCCAAGAGAAUCAUAGGAGUGGAUGUGAACCCAGACAAGUUCGAAAUGGGUAAGAAGUUCGGGUUAACGGACUUCGUGAACCCAAAGACCUGCGGCGACAAAUCGGUGAGCGAGGUGAUCUUGGAGAUGACAAAUGGAGGAGCGGAUUACUGCUUCGAAUGCGUGGGGAUGGCAUCGUUGGUCGAGGAAGCAUUUGCCUGCUGCCGCCAUGGUUGGGGAAAGACGGUUGUUUUGGGAGUGGACAAGCCAGGGACGCCGCUGAAAUUUAGCUCGACCGAUGUGCUCAGAGGCCAUAAGAUCCUGACCGGUGCUUUGUAUGGCGGUCUCAAGGCGAAACGAGAUGUUCCCAUCCUCUGUAAACGUUAUCUCGAUAAGGUACAGUAUUUGACAUUUCCGUUUGGUUUGUAAAAAUUGAUGAAUUGGAUAUAAAGAACGGUUGCUGAAUCGUUUAUUGUGAGAGAGGUUUAAGUUUGCCGGUGAAAAUGAUAACUGAGGUGGCGAAUUUUUUUUUAUUUGCCUAAUUCACGAAAGAUAAUUUUUGUGAAUGUGACAUGUGACUAGCAUUGGCAUGAUUCUUGGUGGUUAACUUUAUAUGUUACCUCUACUUCAAUUCAUGAAUGACUAUGGUUGAACACAAUUCUAGCCAUAAUGAUAAUGAUAUGCAUUGUCAGCAUUGAUUGGUAUGCUUGUUAUACUUUGAAUAUUAAUAAAUAAAUAAAUAUAUGUGUGUGUGAAAGUUAAUAAUUCGUUUGUACUUUGGAAUGACCUAAAAAUUGACUGAUCGGUGUUUUAUUGUCCCCACUAAAGUUUUAAUGUUAAAUUUGGUUCACUUUUGUGGUGGUGCAGGAGUUGCAACUGGACGAGUUUGUGACUCAUUCAGUGAAGUUUGAAGAGAUCAACAAAGCAUUUGAUCUGUUGGAAGAGGGAAAAUCGCUCAGAUGUGUGAUUUGGAUGGAUAAAUGAUCUUUGUCAUUGCGAAAUUAUCUUUAUAUAUUUCUAUUUUCCUACUCUAUCUCAAUGGUUGCGUACGUUAUGUUUGUUUAUUUGCUUUAAUUCGGUCGGUGUAAUAAAAAACAAUUGGUCAGAAAC